UAACAUAAGUUAUUUUCUUUUUAUUUUUGUUUUUCCCACAGUGUCUUAUUACAUGUAAACUUACUUGUUUCUCAGAAACAUUUAACGGUGAUGAUUUCUUUUUCAUUUAUUAUAUUUAAUGCUUACUGAUCAUUAACUGCCAUGUUUUAUUUUUUAUUAUCAGAGUCUAAAUCCAAAGAGAGGCCAAGAUGUCUGAGUAGGUAUAUAUUUAUUUUGUGUGAUGACAUGAAACCAGUCUCAGUCCUUUAUGUUAUGAUCACAUCUGUGUUAAUAAAAGAGGAAAGAAGAUGACAUCAAGCCGCAGGCAUCAUCUGAAGACUGCUGCAGGAUACUGUCUGAGCUGGUUGGCUCAUCCUGGUGUUUUUAAGACGGCUGAUGGCUGUGUGUGUGUGUGUGUGUGUGUGUGUGUGUGUGUGUGUGUGUGUGUGUGUGUGUGUGUGUGUGUGUGUGUGUGUGUGUGUGUGUGUGUGUGUGUGUGUGUUGUGGUCCUGCAGAGUCUGAUUCUGCAGAUUGCUGCCAGCUGGUUGGAGCAGGAAGUCAAUGACAGCGCAGCUGCAAAGGAGGCUUACCUGGUGGAGAAAUGUCCUGCACCUGGACUUGGUGGAGACCAGGCAGCUCUGAUGGAAAUCUGCAAAACGCUGCAUCAUGCUAUCGACCAGAUCGAUGAGGACAGAUAUGACACCGAAGCCAAAGCAGCGAAGACACAGAAAGAGAUUGACCAUCUGAAGCUGAAGGUGGUGGAGCUGGGUGGAGUGAAGAAGCCUGCCCUGAAGAAGGUUCGUAUGUCGGCUGACGCCAUGCUGAAAGUUCUGCUGGGCUCCAAACACACAGUCAACAUGGACCUGAGGGCCAACCUGAAGCAGGUGAAGAAGGAGGUGAAGGAGGAGCCAGCAGAGGCAGUGGGCGACUGGCGCAAGAACAUCGAGGACAAGGCUGACAGGAAGAAGAUGUUCGAGACCUCCUACAGAUUCCCUGAUCCAACUUUUUGUUUUCCCUCUCUGGCUUUCUGCCUCUCCUCUCUUACUUCCCACCUUUUCAUAGAAUUGGAAGAAAUUUGUGCAAUUAAAUGUUUUUUUUUGGAUUACAUAAACUCUGUAAUGUGAUGUUUCAGUUUUAAAAGAAAAGAUUUCACCUCAGAGGUGCCGGUUGAUGGAGAUCGUCUUUAAGGUCUGAACCGGGUCUGAGCUCAGACCUACUCCUGACAACAUGAGGAUUUUUAUAGGAUGAGCUUAAUGGUAUUUAUGGAAAAGCCUGCUAAAGUUCGGUGUACCUGUGGGCACAUCUGUUGGCUGAGUUGUGCUCAUAUUGAACCACCAGAUGUCAGCAGACAGCUCACAUUGCUUCCUUUUCCUUCCUAAUAUUUCCAACAAAUCCCUCUUCUCCUGCUUUGUGUUUGGUUAUGAUCACAAGCGCAACACAAGUUCAACAAACACAUGGUGAGUCACAGUUUUCUUCUUUUCUAUUUCAGGAUCACUCGUUUACUCCUCUGUGUGUUAGAAGCACAUUUCCAGCAUGUUUCAGCUUCUUAACCAAGUGAAACCCUUUUAAGUCAUUUCCUGAGAUAACUGGUAUAUUUAUUCAUUCAUUCAUCAAAUUUAAAAUAAAUCUUCAAGACGUUUGAGUGGACGAUGGCAUAUUAACUGAAACGUAUUUUGUUAAAAUGAAUUUCCAAAAACUGACUCAGUUUUCUCAUGUUUUAAAGAAAAGUGAGGCUGAAAAUCUGAUGAAGCUAAAAGAAGUUUUAUUUUUUGUUUGUUUGUUAACUCUCCACGAAUCAUCUUCCUAACAUCAGGUUUCUACGUCGGGUCCCUUUUAAAAGUUUGGCUGUGCAUCUUUAGGCACAGACAACGUUACUGAAGUUGUGUUUGGUUUAUUGAAGCUGUUUUUUAGAGACCUGGAUGAGUUUUUCUUCUCAUACCUGAUGCUUAUUGUCAUGUUUGAGGAUGAACAGGUGUUUAUUUCUUUUAUUUGUGUUUGCCUUGUUUCAUCUGAAGCUGAACUUGGAUGGGAACAACUCCCAGCUCUUGGUUUUAGGAAACUGAAGCGCUGAUCAUUGAUCACAUUGGCCACACUGCCUGACUGUUGUGUAACAAUUGCUUCAGCCCCUCACUUGUCUUGGGGGAGGGAACCUGAUAGCGUCUGUCCAGCUUCCAGCAGAAGGAGAUGAUUUCUUGCUCCCGAAAAAUUUACGAGGUUCCUCAAAGAGUUGUGGAGGUAUUUCUGGAGCCUGUUGGCCCAUUGGUCUGAAGUGGCUCUGCUACCAUAAAGAGGGCUGACUUUACUGCUGAGACAGCACUUAACACCCUAUAUACCAUGUUUUAUCUUUACUGUUUGGGACUUGGCAGUAUCUCCCCCCUUCUUGUGCACCUCGUCCUCGUCCUCGUCACGGUCAGUAGGUGAGUCUCUCGCUCCGCUCAGUCUGCCAGGGACGAUACUCCCACUCAGGUCUGCUCUGCAGGUGGUUUUUCUGAAAAGAUGUUUUUUGGUGAGGAGGACUGUUUUUAGAGAUGCUGCUGAGAGUGAUCUCUGACCUCUGGGGGUUCAUGCAGCAGCUGAGAUUUCCUGGAUUUCUUCAAGGACACUGUAGGACGACUGCUGGAUGUGUUUAAGAUGGGACUGAAAGUGUUUUCUGCUGGUUUACGUUGGCUCUGCAGAGCUUUUACUGAAAAUCUGUUCAUUAUUGUUAUUAUUUCUAUUGUUAUCUAACCCAUCAUAAGAUGUUGUAUAUGUAGCUCGCGUGCAUGAGAUUUCAGGAAAAAAAGUUAACACUGAAGACAGUAAAACAUUAUUAGCUUCAACCUCUGAAAUCAGGUCUGCUACAAAAAAUGUGUCCAUAUUCAUAUUAUGUGUCGUUUCCAAACACACACACGCACACACACGCAGAUCUGAAUGGUCCUUGGUAGGGGAGUUUAUAAAUGGUUCUGACUUGUUAUGCUGACUUGUUGCACAUCGUCUGGAUUCUGAUUCUUUAGAGGAAUCUGGAUUUUCUCUAAAUCAGUGCCACAUAACACUAUUCUCUCUUCAGACUUCCAAUAUAAAGCAUUGCAUAACAUUUACUGGACAGUAUUUUCAGAUAAGUUUCAAUAAGAGCAUCCUUAUUCAUUCCUUUUCGGGCUGCGGGUAAAUUCAACCGGUUUUGGAUUCAUGUGUGUGACCAGAGCUUAUUUUAUCCAUUUUUUAGUGGCUGGUUCUUCAUUAAACCUGCUGGUGGGCUCAGCUGCCAUCCUGCUGGCCUGCAGGUGGUUGGAGUUGGUGUUAACUGCUCCAACUGCCUGCUCGGCGCCACAGUUGGUUCUUUGCUGGUGGCAUUUUGUGCUGAGCUGCUUGGCUCGCUGGAACAAGUUCAAUUCCAGGCAGAAAGUCUUCAGAGUGACAACUGCUGAGUGCCAGGACCCUGGCAGCUGACCCCGCCUGUCCAAAAUUAGCUGGUUUGUGAUCACUAGCAGCCAGUUUUUUAUUAUGGUGAAGCGUGUUAUGUUUCCUGCGGGAGGUCAGAGGGCGUCUAAUCGAUAAUAGAGAGACACCAACAUGUAUCCAGUCCAGCUGUGGUCCGAGUCACUGCGCUGCUCGUCACUAACUCGCUGUUUUCUCUGUCUCAACAGGGUGUGAGGAUCAAAAACAGUCAAAAUGUCUGA